AUGGCGCCGCGCUGGGAGAAGGUUCCUGGGGAGGCCCGGUUCCUGGCCGCAGCGGCCGAGAAGGCCCGCCUGGACACGGCGGUGCCGACCGGCCUGUCCAAGAACAGCAAGCAGGACCGCGGGCGCGACUCGUUCCUGAAAGCGGACGUCUCGCAGUGCCGGUACCCAGUGGUACACGAGGCACUCCAGAGAGCGGGAUACCGGCUGGCCGCCCCGGGGGACGAAUGGUGGGACCUCGCUUGGGUGGAUUCCUCAGUUUCCGUCGACCGCGUCCACAAACUUCUUCCGUUUCAGGCCAUCAACCACUAUCCUGGCAUGCUGCAGAUCUGCCGAAAACUCUCCCUGGCGCGCAUCAUGCGCAGAAUGCACAGGGUGAUGCCGGAGGACUUCAACUUCCACCCGACGUCGUUCCUGCUCCCGGACGAGCUGUCGCCGUUCAUGAAGGCGAUCGGCGCGAUAGGCCCCUCCGCACACCCCCUCACGCCGGAGGAGGUGUUGUUCGGCCCUGUCGGACCCGGGGCCGCGGCCGACGCGGCGCCGAAGCGCCCGAGGGUCGGCAACGUCGUCCGGCAGCGCGGGGCGCGCGGAGCGAAGGAGGCCGGCGUGCGGGCGUCGUCGCAGCGCUACGCAGGCGGCACAAACCACCCCGCGCCGCCGUCGGCCUCCGCGAGCGCACGACCGCUCAGGCAGAGCUCCACGGGCUCGGAGGCGAGCAAGGCGAGCGUGGCGCGGCAGUCCAGCGUGCAGCACGGCCGCAGGGCGGGCACGGACGCGUUUCCCAUGAGGAUGCAGGCCGGGCAGCCUGGCGACGGCAUCGAGGGGCUGUUCCCGGGCGGGGGGCGCGCGGAGGACAGCGACGAGGAGUGGGACAGCGACGACCCGUACUGCCACCCGAACUGGGGGCGCAGCACGCAGCCCACGUUCAUUUUGAAACCCAACGCCGGCGCCAUGGGUCGCGGCGUGCGGCUGGUGCAGGAGGCCGCGGACCUCAAGCGGAUCGACAAGAGCAUGCUGGACUCCGCGGUGGCCCAGGAGUACAUCGGGAACCCGUGCCUCGUCGACGGGCGCAAGUUCGACUGCCGCGUGUACUGCCUCGUGCUCUCCGUCGACCCUCUAGAGCUGCAUGUGUAUCAGGAGGGGCUCGCGCGCAUCGCGCGGACGCCGUACCGCGUGCCCUCGCGCAGCAACAUCGCCGCGACGACCAUGCACCUCACGAACUGGUCGCUGAACAAGCCCGGGAAGGAGGGCGCGGACGCCGGGGGCGGCGGCGGCGAGCAGGCGGCGGCGGCGGGCGACAGCGCGUCGGCGCCGGGCACGCCGCCCGCGGACGACAUCAAGAAGCCGCUGUCGGAGGUCGUCGCGUCGAUCCUCGCCGGCGGGCUGCACACCGCGGGCGCGAGCACGUCGGCGGCGCGCGUGUGGGCGUCCAUCGAGGCGCUGAUCGUGAAGACGAUGAUCGCGGUGCAGCCGCUGCUGGCGCACUCGUACUACUCGUCGGUGAGCCAGACGCCGACGGCGUCGGGGUCGGCGACGCCGACGCCGCGCGACAGCGGCGCGGGCGCGGCGGCGCAGGCGGCGGGCGCGGCGGCGCUGAGGGCGAUGCCGGACCGCAGCAAGUGCUUCGAGGUCCUGGGGUUCGACAUCCUGCUCGACAUGAACCUCAAGCCCUGGCUCGUGGAAGUGAAUCACUCCCCCUCGCUGUCCACGGAGACUCCCCUCGACCGCGCCCUCAAGCUCUCCAUGCUCACCGAGGCCGCCGUGCUCGCCGGGCAGGACCCCGCGCACCGCGUCGCCUGGUACGACCGCUCCCGCGAGCGCCAGCGCGUCCGCCUGUACGGCCACCCGCAGGAGCAGGUCGGAAUGCUCCUCUCGGACUGCGAGGAGAAGCUCUCGCCGCGCGGGCGGGCCGGCGCGCGGCGCCUCGCGUCGUCCAGCAGCCGCCUGUCCGCCGUCCAGGCCGCGACCGCCGCCCAGCAGCAGCAGCAGCAGCUCGACCGGCUUCACGCCAGCGCGCGUGACGAGGGCGGGCUGGCGAGCAAGUCGCUCGACCAGCUGUACGCGCUGCUGCGGGAGUACGACGAGAUCGGCGGCCUGCCCGCGCCGCCGCCCGCGGGCGCGGACGGCGACCGGCAGCGCCGGAGCUGGGAGGCAGUGGCGGCGGUGAAGCAGCGGUUCGCGUCGGACCGCUCCGUGGACCUCUCGCGGCUGCGCUUCCGGCGCGCGUUCCCCACGGCCGAGGGCGACGGCUUCGGCGGGUCGCUCGACGUCGCGGGCCACAAGUACAGCAAGCUGCUGCAGAAGGUCACGUCGAUGUUCCAGGUGCAGUGCUCCUGCACGUUCUGCUCGCGGCUGGCGUCCGAGCGCAGCGACGCGGCCGGGCCGCCGCUCAGCAGCAAGCCCGGCAGCGCGUCGGCGGCGGCGUCGAUCCAGGCGCGCCACGACGGCAGCCGGACGGGGUCUUCGUCGAACGCCGGCAGCGGCGUGGGGCGGGCGUCGUCUAGCCGGGACGCGGGCGCGGCGGCGCAGAAGGCAGCGCAGAAGGGGAGCGCCGGCGCGGCGGCGGCGCCGCUGCGCGAGCCACGGUGCUAUGACUCCCGGCAGGCGAGCGGCGCGCCUGCGUCGUCAGCGGAGGGCGGGAGCAGGCGGGGCGGCGAGGCGGCGGUGCGGCGGUCCGGGAGCUCGUGCAGCGGGCUCGGGCGGUCGCGGGGCGGCGACGGCGGCGAGGGCGCCGCGGUGGGAAGCAGUCAGCGGAGUAGCCUGCACGGGGCGUCGGAGAGGACGAUGGUGCGCAGCGGGACUAACACGACGCAGCGGCACUCGUCGUGGCGGGGCGCGGGGUCGCUGACGGAGGACAGCUACAAGGCGGAGAUCGAGCGCGGGAGCUGCGAGGCCGGCGUGCGGGGGUUGCUGGGGCUGCCGCUGUCGGGCAGCACGAGCUACGGGGGGAGUUUCGGCGGGGGCCCGGUGUCGGUGUCGGUGCCGCGGAAGAUGGCGGGGUCGCAGAAGACCGCGGUGUCGUCGGCGGCGGCGAAGGCCCUGUGGCUGCACGGGGGUUUGCACGACGAGGCACAGGCGUGA